AUGAUAGGGAAGUACCACCCACCGCUAACAGAACUUAUUCUAGUUCUUCGAAGUGUAGUUGCGGUUGCGAAGGCAACUCUCUCGAGGAUGGAAACUAUAGUUUCCGAACGAAAUGAAAAAACUCCGAAGGAAAGACAGAGUGCGCCGAGAAAAAAUAGAAGCGGCUAUGUCCACAUUCGAGGCCACCAUUCAAGGAGGACAAAAUCCAAGCAUGGCCGUAAUUGGAAGAUAUUGCCGCAAGAUGUCACAUUACACAUCUGA